AAUAUUACAACUGUAAUCGUACAUACUGGUAAUUAUUUCAAUAUGUUGAUAGUGCGUCAAAUAUAUCAAUAGUUUUUCACAUCCAACGGUUCUCUUAAUGACAUAAGUAGUAUGCACGUAACAAUCCUAAUUGGUGUACUUUAUACUAAAUGUAUCUUUAUCUGCCAUGCCUAAACAAUAAGUUUGUGUUAACUGAAAUGUACGUCUUGUUUUAAAUUAUGUGUAGGUUAUUAUCUUGCCAAACAGUAUUGUCAACUUCUUAUUGUAAAGUGUUUCCGAGUAUACUCAGCAAAAUUAACAGCAGUAUAAACAACAACAACGGCUGUUUGAUAAAUACAUUUUAAAAGUACUAAAACGUAAAUAAUUAAUAAUGACACGUGACAUUUAUAUAAGCUGAACAUUUAAUGUUAUGGCCUUCACCAUCAUACACCUACUGCGCAUCAAUAUGUUUCUUCAUAAACAACAAAGUGAUACGUUUUUAUAGCGAGUGUUUCCUUCUCAUUAAACUUAAUUCAGAAAUAAAUGCGCGACGUUAAGUUACCACGCUGUAUUUUGUCUUCAGUGCAUACACAUUCUUGAAGUUUUUAAAACCGUCGCGAGCAUAUUUACACAUUUCGUCGUUACUCGGUUCACUCCGUUUGCUGCAUCGUCAGAAUUAUAAAACUGAACGCUUGCCUCAACGUAAAACAAAACGUUCGUUGACAUUUAGUGCUUUCACGGAACAUUACGCGUUGUGUACGGUUUUCGACGUUGACACAUUGUUUGGCUUGCGUUUUCAUUUACUUACACGUUUAUUCAGUGUGCAUCCAACGUUUUGAAGUGUUGCAUCGCUUCUGGUGAUGCCCUGAGCACGUCGUGGCUUGACGUUAAAACGCUAACAACGUAAGUGUUUACGGUGAACUCGCGGAUUAACCUUGGGACAAUUGAUGUAAAUGACGUAAACGAAACGUGGAGAAAAAAAUACAAAUUAAAAAAAAGAAUCCGUUUUCUUAUUUAACUGUUGGUUUAUACGUAAGACAGAGAGUGUUAUAAUAGAGAUGCAAGUGUAAAAGUCGCUCGCUAAUCGGACGUCAUUCGUAAAAAGUGUCCCAAAGGAGCCAAUAUGGAGUCUAGGAAAUCCGUGUUUCAUUUCACAUCCUUGGCCGUCGGACUGUAUGCCUUUAUCGGCAGUAUAUCAACAAUAACCUCUAGCGAUGUGGAAGUCGUCCGCGCUCGCCUCGUAGGGGGCCAUGACAACACGACGGGCCGCGUAGAGGUGUCGCGUAACGGAAGUGUCUGGGGCACGGUCUGCGACGACCUCUGGACAGACAAGGAGGCGCAGGUCGUCUGUAGGCAGCUAGGAUACAAGUGGGGAGCGUCGUUCACGGGAGCUGCGUUUGGCGAGGGCGUCGGCGAGAUCUUUUUGGACAACGUGCAGUGCACGGGUACCGAGAAAAACCUCGGCGAGUGUCAGCACAACGGCUGGGGGAACAACAACUGUCGUCACUACGAGGACGCCGGUGUCGCCUGCUACAACAGCUCAGUAAAAUUGAAAUCCAGAGGGCGGACUGAUGUGGGGACAGUAGAAAUUCGUACUGAUGAUGGCUGGGUGGAGGUGUGUGACCAGGACUGGGACCCAAUGGAGGCACAUGUGGUGUGCCGAGAGAUGGGAUACACCAGCGGGUUUUCCCAAUGCUGUUCCAUCCUUGGUGUGGACCAGUCCAUGACAGGACCCAACAAGGCCUACACGCAGUUCGCUUGCAAGGGAAUGGAGACCAAUCUGCUGGACUGCCCCCAUGUGACAUUGAAGACCAAGUGUGCCCCUGAACAUCGCGCAUCUGCUAUUUGUUAUCAUCAGCCUUUGGCUAAAGUUGAUAGAUCUUUUGCUGUACGUCUGGACAAUGGUUCAGACCCCAACCGUUACUGGGGAGAGGUAAAUGUGCGCAACGAAGGUGUGUGGGGACAGGUAUGCGCCAUGGGAGACAACUGGAAUGACAAGGCUGCCACUGUUGUGUGCAAACAACUGAAAUUCAAAGCUGGGAAAGCGUACGGGACAGUCAAUGAAACGCUGACACCACACUGGAUAAUAGACAUGAACUGCACUGGGUCAGAGUCCAGUCUCCAGGAAUGUGCCAAGCAACCCUGGGGACAGCCCUCUCGUUCAUGUAAACCGGCGUACGCUCUGUGCUAUAAUAAAGAGGUAUCCGUGAACCUACGAGGGGGUGGGGACUACUACGGGCGUGUAGAGAUCACCCAUGAUGGUCAUACAGGCACCAUUUGUGACAAGGCCUGGUCCACCAGUGAUGCCAGGGUCGUCUGCAAACAGCUCGGGUAUGCUGAUGGGGACCCUGUUACAGGCUCCUUUUAUGGAAAGGGGACUGGCCCUGUGAUGAUGAAUGGUAUGGGUUGCUAUGGUUACGAGUCCAACAUCGUCAACUGCAGAAACAAGGGUUGGAUGUCAUACCAGGGGACUUCCUGUGACGACCAUAAAAAUGAUGCCUCAGUGAUAUGCUACAAAAAUGUGCGUUUAUCUAGGGGAGACCAUUCUCACGGUGUUGUUCAGAUAAUGGAAGACAACUGGUCGGUGUUGUGUGGCGAAGGAUUUGGCAACAAGGAGGCACAGAGAGUUUGCUACGAACUCGGCUUUCAGAAUGGAAUAGCGCUAGCAAUGGGUUCCUUUGGUACAUUUUAUGGAAAGUAUGUUCGACCAAAUGUGACAUGUGUCGGAAAUGAGUCCAGCAUUCUCAACUGCACAUAUGACAAGUUCCGCGCUUGCCAGAAAGACGCUUUUCUUGGAUAUGCUGUUGUGUCAUGUUUUAAUGGAACACUGAACAAGGAGCCUAAGCUGAAGCUAGAGGGCAGUGAAGGUACAGACAUGGCCAACCAGACAGGCCGUGUGGUGAUCCAGCAGUACGGGAUCUGGGGCCGCGUGUGCCCCAACGCCUGGGACGACAAGGACGCUGACGUCGUGUGUCGGAACCUCGGCUACCUGGGCGGAGUCGCAUACAAGUAUACAUCAUCAGGCUAUGGUCCCUACACACUGGGGAUGGUUGGUUGUCAUGGUAACGAGUCCACACUGUUUGACUGCCCUGUGAGUCCCGGACUGUGUGACGCUCAGUUCUCCUCUGGGGACGCAGGCGUGCUGUGCUACACUGUCAAGAAGCCAGCAUUGCGCCUGGUUGGUUCAGCCAACACGGGUCACCUGGAGAUCAUACUGGACACCUUCACAGGCACCAUCUGUGACUUUGGCUGGUCCCGUUACGAUGCAAGUGUGGCCUGCAAACAGCUGGGCUUCCAGGAUGGGGAACCAAGAAGUUCCCUUCUCUCAUCGACCGGGGCAACAGUUGUAAUGUCAUCAAUGGGUUGCUAUGGAGGAGAGAGCUCAAUUUUCAUGUGUCGAAACCCCGGCUGGCAGAAAAACAUCAACGAAAAAUGCUACGAGGCAAACAGAAAUGCUGGUGUCUUCUGCUACAACCAUGUACGUAUAUCCGGUGGCCAAGCUGACGAGAACACGACAGCAGGAAAAGUGGAGAUGUAUCACCAUGGAAACUGGAUCACAGUUUGCGCCGACGGGUUCAACGACACAGACGCCCGUCUGGUGUGCAGAGAGCUUGGUUUUCCCAACAGCAAGGCUCUUGUACCAGGUGCUUUUGGAAGGAAAUACUACUCGGACUUUGUAACUGACUUCAACUGUACAGGGAGUGAGAUUUCUAUAGCCCUGUGUCCGUUCAAUGAGACGGGUGAAUGUCUUGAUAAAUCAUCAAACUAUGCCUCUGUCCUUUGCUCAAAGUUCCCCAUCGAUAAUAAUGCAAUCUACAUCUUGCCCUUUGAAUCAUUCCCUGCAACUGUGGCGGUCAAGAAACAUGGAAUGAAUGGCACAAUUUGUGCGGAAGGCUGGGACAACAAAGACGCAGAUGUUUUGUGUCGACAGCUUGGAUAUUCUGGGGGAGGCGUGUCAUUUGGACCACAGUACUCAGGCUCCAGUACACCUAUCUGGAUGACCAAUGUGAAUUGCUAUGGCAACGAAACACGUAUCCAAGACUGCCGUUUUCUGGAAACCCCGACUAGUGGCUGCCUGUCUAAUCACAUGGCAGCUAGGGUGUAUUGUUACGAGGGCCCAGGAUUCCAAGUGAGACUAGUGAAUGGAAGUGCGCCGUCAAAUGGUCGGGUAGAAGUUUCCUACGGUGGAACAUGGGGCACAAUAUGUGACUCGUACUGGUCAGAUAGCGAUGCUAGGGUGGUCUGUCGGCAGCUUGGUUUCCUAGAUGGUGUGGCACAAGCAAACUCCUACUAUGGAGCUGGGAUGGGUCCAUCAUGGCUGUACUACGUACGAUGUGAUGGGGAUGAGAAGUCAAUAUGGUCCUGCACAAAUAGCGGCUUCAAUGUGAGCCACACUUCCUGUCGCAAUCACAAACAUGACGCCAGCGUGUAUUGUACUGAUAGAGUGAGACUGGAGCCUAACGUAAGCUAUGGAGCAGUGCAGAUAUGGAACAGAGAAGCAUACAGACUUGUGUGUGCAGACGGCUUUGAUGACCUUGCAGCCAAGGUCGUGUGCAGGUCGGCAGGAUUCCAAAAUGGAAUAAGCGUUUGUUGUUCUGCCUUUGGGGAAAUGAAGUAUGACAUUGGGUAUCGCAACGUCCGAUGCACAGGAAACGAAAUGUCCAUUCUGGACUGCAGCUAUGUGGACGAUAAUACCGGCUGCUCUAGCGGGAAGUAUGCGUCUGUGGCUUGUUCUGAUCAACCUGCCAAUGGAGAAUAUGCACUGAAACUAAAAAGUUACAACCGCGGGACAAUCUCCCUCCGCCAUUUCGACAUCUGGGGCUACAUCUGCGCUGAUGGUUUUGAUGAUGCAGAGGCCACUGUCAUUUGCAGAGAGAUGGGCUUCCAGGGUGGAUUCUCCUACUUUGAAAUGAAAUAUGAUAGCUCAAAAACACUUGGCAUACCCUGGCUGACCAACGUGAAUUGUACCGGCCAGGAGGGGUCUCUGGUUCGAUGUGGCAACAUUCGAUGGGGCUCUGUAGAACAGUGCAAGUCCGGGCUUGAGCCCGCAGUGUUCUGCUACCAGAACUCAGGGUACAAGUUUAGGUUGGCAAAUGGCACCAGUCUGUUGUCUGGCCGCGUUGAAAUUUCUUUGGACAAUGAAUGGGGAACUGUCUGUGGAACGUCAAAGUUUGAUGACAAAGCAGCGCAUGUCCUCUGUUCAGAGAUGGGCUAUACAAGUGGUCGUUCCCUUGACAAUGGAUACUUUGGAGAAGGCAAGGGAAAAAUCAUGAUUCCCUAUAUUCGUUGCGCUGGUAACGAGAGUUCACUGUUAAAAUGUGGGAUCAAGAUUGAACCUGAAGAGGCGAUAUAUGAGAACAGGGGACGUCUAAAUUUUGUGUCCCGCAGUACCUACUACACAUGCAGGACUCACGCCCAGGAUGCUGCUGUCCAAUGUUACAACCAAGUGCGACUGUCGGGGACCAGUGACUUGAACUAUGGAAUUCUAGAGCUGUAUGUUAAUGGCCAAUGGAAGGCUGUAUGUGAUGAGCAUUUCACUGAGUCUAUAGCGCGUGUCGCCUGUCGACAGCUCGGAUACAAGGAUGGGCGCUUCCAACCAGGUUCGGUCCUUGGUCCCAAUGAGAGCGAUGGGAUCUCCAUUACUGACUUGAGAUGUAACGGCGAUGAGGCAUCCCUGGACCAGUGCAAGUAUCUAAUCGGAGAGUGUCAUACUAGCAACUACGUCACCGUCUACUGUAAUGAGUCCAUCAUUGUAGAGAAAAGCACAUUUGAUAUACGUAUAUCCUCCGGUCUGUACUAUGGGUCACUAGAGGUCAACAAGUAUGGCUUCUGGGGGCCAAUAUGCCCGCAUGGCUGGUCUAACAGCACAGCAAGGGCUGCCUGUAGGCAGCUCAAUUACAUUGGGGGAGUCGCGUACAACGGCACAAGUCGUGUAGAGGCACCAAUGGUACUCGGGAACUUUAAAUGCAGCGGGGAUGAGAACUCUGCUCAGAAUCUCAGUGAUUGCAAGUACAGCAAGUUCAAUGAUAAUAUCGGCUGCCAAUACUCCAUUCAGAAGAGCUUUCAGAGGCCCACCGCUGGCGUCCUGUGUUAUAACCAUGAAGAGGGAGUAAAAUUCCGUCUGGAUGAAGAGGGCCGUGUGCAGAUCAUGUUUAAUGGAGAGUGGGGUCGGGUCUGCAACAGUAGCUGGGGAAACAAGGAGGCAGGCGUGUUCUGUCGUCAGCAAGGUUACAUUGAUGGCAUCACCAAGACUUUCAGUUCCCGUCAUGAUGGUCAUGUCUGGAUGAACUACAUCGCCUGUACUGGGAAUGAGAAUACCAUACUGGAGUGUACCAAUACGUGGACGCCUGGUUCCGCAAAUUGCGAUGACGCUGGUGUAACUUGUCUGAAAUCAGUGAUGCUGACUAGGGGAGACUACAAGUCCCACGGUGCUGUAGAGGUGAACAUGAACAACCAUUGGGGCCUCGUGUGCAACAAGGACUGGGACCAGAAAGACGUCGAUGUUGUGUGCAGACAGCUUGGUUUUGAGACUGGAUUUCCCCUACACAAUGCCCCAUAUGGCUACAUAAAGGCUCCUGGGACCAUGGAAGCGGUUCAGUGCAACGGCAACGAGAAAAAGAUCACUGACUGUCCACACAAUAUUCCGUAUGUCUCUAUGUGCUCCAUGGAUUAUGCAGCCGCAGCCUGCUUCAAUCGCUCCACUUUGGAAAAAUACAGUGUGCCCUCCUUCUCCAUCGCUGGUAACCGGACCCUAGGUGUUGUUGAGGUAUCCUACCUGAACAUCACCGGGCGUGUCUGCUCUGAAGGCUGGGACGACUUAGAUGCCACAGUCCUCUGCAAGCAGUUAGGAUUCUACUAUGGUCAGGCCUACAGCCACUACAAAUGGAGCACAGGUAGGGGAGAAAACGCACCAUUCUGGACAUCACAGGUCAAUUGUUCCGGAAAGGAGACAUCCUUGGACCUUUGUCCGAUGGUCAAGUACGGUCAAGUGCAGGACUGUCCUAGUCGAAAUUAUGCUGGCGUCUUGUGCUACCAGAAAUAUGGUGUGGACAUCCGUAUUAUGGGUGGCGGAAAUGAGUAUGGGCGUGUUGAGAUAUCUGUGGAUGGGGUCUGGGGAACAGUAUGCAAUCGAUACUGGGACUUGAAUGAUGCCAAGGUCCUGUGUCGCUCCCUUGGCUACAAAACCGGGUACCCGCUUUAUACAGGAAAGUUUGGCCCACCUCCUGAUAAGAUUUAUGCGGCUAACUUGCACUGUAACGGUUCGGAAGAUUCGCUACGUAAUUGUUCACACGAGGGAUUUGAACCUUCCCCCACCGAUUCUAACUGUGAUCACUCGAAGGAUGCGGCAGUUAAUUGCUACAAUUCAGUAAAGCUCGGUUCUGGUGUUGGCAAGCACAUCACCAAUGGACCUGUCCUCUACUUUGACUCUACAAGAAAUGUGUGGGAGGCAGUGUGUGAUAAAGGAUUCAAUGACAAUAGUGCCACGCUGGUCUGCAAAGAACUGGGUUUUGAUACUGGGCGUGCAAUCCUGAGCUCUGCUUUUGGCACGAUACAUGAGGAAAUCUUUGAGAACAACACGCUGUCAUGCUCGGAAGACGCCACCUCUAUAGACCAGUGUCUCAUGGCCGGGCAGUGUAACCAGUCCGACUCCUAUGCCUCCGUGGCCUGCUACAUGAACUCUGACCUGCCUCUCACUGAGGACUACAGCUACUCGAUUGAGAAAGGUUCUGCUGGGGACUAUUCUGGUGUGGUUUCCGUGCGUCACUACGGACUGUUUGGAAAGAUCUGCUCAGAGGGAUGGGAUGAUAUUGAUGCAUCGGUACUUUGUCGCAAUUUGACCUACCAGCAUGGCAUUGCAUUCCCGCAGGCAGACAAUGAUUUCUCUCCCUUGAUGGGACGUGGUCCGUACUGGAUGAGUGAUGUCAAAUGUACAGGUCACGAACCGUCCCUAAACAACUGCGUAUUCAAAGAGAGACUAGACGAGAAAAAUUGCUCAAGCCGAAUGCAUGCAGCUGUCCUAUGUUACAAUGACAAUGGAAUUGACUACCGAAUAGUAAACGACAAGAAUCCAAACGUAACGUCAGAGGGACGCGUAGAAAUAUCGAUCAACAAAGUUUGGGGAACAGUCUGUGAUGCAUCCUGGGACGACUAUGACGCCAGGGUUUUCUGCCGCCAGCAGAAUUUCCAUGAUGGAUACGCCAUCAAGGGAGGCUAUUUUGGUGAGAGCAAGGUCAGUCCAAUCUGGAUGAGCCAUCUCAAGUGUGCAGGCACUGAAGCCAGUCUCGACAAGUGCCCACACCGUGGGUUCAACAGCGGAAUAGUGGACGGGUCGCUGGGAUGGUGGAAGUGUAAAUCACACAAGGACGAUGCUGGAGUGCUGUGUGUUAACAAUUUGAAGCUGAGUGGCGAGUACAACUCUUCCAUGGGCGCGGUUCUGGUGUACCACAACAAUGACUGGUAUGCGGUCUGUGAUGACAGCUUCAACUCACUUGAUGCCCGGGUCGUUUGUCGGUCCCUAGGCUUCAUUGAUGGGAAUGUCAGUCCCGGCUCAGCUUUCGGGAAUGUCUCUAGCCCUAUUGGCGUGAAUUCAGUGCAGUGUAAGGGCGGUGAAAACGUGUUCAAUAAAUGUUCCAUGGAGUUUAGCAGUUCCUGCCCAUCAGGAAAAUAUGCAUCCGUAUAUUGCAGCCAAGAGAAUAUCUUUGAUAAAGGUUUCCAGGUGCGUAUCAACCCGGAUUAUGGGAAGUCCAUGCACAGUUUCCAUGGUUACAUGGAGGUGAACGUGGACGGGGUUUGGGGCUCUGUGUGUAACCGAAACUGGACUGACAAGAACGCUUUUGUUGCCUGCAGGCAGAUGGGCUAUGCAGGUGGAUACGCCUACAGACCUCCGAAGAACAUUUCUAACGUGAUCCUGAUGGACAAUGUGGGUUGUCGUGGUGACGAGACCUCGCUCCUCAAUUGUACAUACAACAAGUGGGAGGCCACCACAGGCUGUGAUUUCUAUGCCGAGCGUGCAGGGGUGUUUUGCUUCAGUGACACAAAUGGCCUCAAGUACCGGCUAGGCAGUGGUGAGACUAAACACGGCCGGGUGGAGAUCAUGUACAACGGGGUCUGGGGCUCCAUUUGCGACUGGCUCUGGGACUCUCGGGACGCGCGCGUCUUCUGCCGUAGCAUUGGCUUCGAGGACGGACUGGAGGUUGUGGGCGCUAGAUACGGGCAGGUGGAGGGGCCGCUCUGGUUCACGCGGGUCAGCUGUGACGGGUACGAGGAUAGCCUGCUGCAGUGUCGCCAUACAGGCUUCAACAGCUCCAGCGAGAUGGAGGGGGUCUACGCGGGCCUGUGCAGAAAGAGGUCUUAUGAUGCAUCCGCUAGAUGCUUUGAUAAGAAGCUGGAGUUGACGAAUGUGCGCCUUGUAAACAUUGAGGGAGACCCAACAUAUGGCCGCGUGGAGGUGUAUCUAGCAGGCGCGGAGGAAUGGGGCACAGUCUGCGAUGAUUACUGGGACGAUGUAGACGCCACUGUCGUCUGUCAGUCUCUCGGAUUUGGAGUAGGACACGGCGUUAAGGGAGCCCAUUUUGGCAGAGGCAAGGGUCCUGUGUGGUUGGACAAUGUGCGCUGCACGGGGAACGAGACUCACAUCCGGCAGUGUCCUCACAACAGCUUUGCCGUGCAGAACUGUAACCACGGCGAAGACGCCGGAGUCUACUGCAAAGGUAACUACACCCGUGUUCUUCCAAUCACCGUGGGUCCAGAGGGAGUUGGUCGCACAGAGGUUGCGGAUAAUGGUUUGGUUAAGGAAGAACUUCGUCGCUCAGAGGCGGAACAAAGUGGCUCCGGUGUUAUCAUAGGGGUGACGGUCACCAUCAUUGCUGUACUCAUAGCGGUCAUCGUCGUCGGUGGCGUGAUCAUAUACCGCCGGACCCGACCGAAAGGGGAGAUCAAGAAAGUGCUAGUACACAACGACGCAAACGACCCUAAUCCCGUGGUUAACCAGUCGGGGGCAGAUGGUCGUGUAACUCUAUCAAAACUUAAGGCCCAUUUCUCGAAGUCCAAGUUGAACAGUGAGAUUGAGGACUCUGGGGCGUCGGCAAAUACGUCGGCGGGAGUUGCCAACCCUGUGUAUGUGGAUGAUAGAAAUCAAGGGAUAAUUAUGGAGGAAGCAUCCAUUGAGCAGCCCACUCAUGCCGGAUAUGACAUUUAAUGAAAUUUCUGUUAACUUUGAAUAUCUCGACAGCUUUAAUUAUGUGCAGAUGUGUUUUCUGCGGCAGCGACAUAAUAGUGGUUAGUUUCACUCUGGAACCAAUAUUUUUUGACGCUUAGACCAAGUAUCUUAUUUCUUGAUCGUGAGUGCUUGCUUACUGAAGUAUUUUUGUCAUGGUUUUUGGAGUUAAUAAUUAACUUGCCGCUUAGCAUGUGUGAUGCGCAUUGUGUGGUUCUGUGCAUGGAUAUUUGUAAUUUAACACUUGAAAUUUAGCAGAUAGUUAUAUACUACACAUAUCUACAACGAACAUACACUAUCCCAUGAUUUUUGUACUUAAUUUUAUGUGGUUGUAUAAAUACUUAUGGCAUUCACCAUGCGUGCACAAAAUAAAUGUUAUACAAUAGCAUGUCUUUAGGUGUAGUGAAAGUACGUAAGUAUGCUAUUUUGACUGAGGUUGUACAGUUGAUACGUAUGUAUAUACACUUAUAAUAAUUGCUUGUAAUUAAAUAUAGUAUGACGAGAGGUUUUCGCAGAUGUUUUGCGCUUACUUUAUAUGUAGCAAUUACAAAAAUGUUUUCUACAA